GCGCGGGCUUGGCAGACCGCGUGUCCCCACGCGGGCUCUCAAAAGGAGCCGAAAUCGACUCGCUAGCGCGAGUGAGCGCCGGGCUGCGGUCGAAGAUGCGUCACUCGGCUUAGCGCGUCCCCCUCAAACGGCAGCGACGAUGAGGCGACCGCGAAGACCGUCGUCGUGCUCGUUGGCUGCUGCGGCGGGACAUCGUCUGGGCCCGCGCUGUGUUUUGCCGCCGUUGACAUCUCCGCGAGUUUCCUGAGCUCAUCUCGCCGUUGUAUUAUAAGUUUUUUUCCGGAGUAUAUUGGACAAGCUGAUACCUUCCGGGCUACAUACGUCACAUGGCACACGUGCGGUGGUACGUGAGGAGGCUCGGGACUUGGCAGCGGCCUUGACCCCUUCUGUUUCUCCGGACAGGAGAUAAUAGACGCGGUGCCUACAAACUUUUGCCAGGCGAUGAAGUGCCAUCUGUGUGCUAUCUCCCUCUUCAUGCUGCUGUCGCUGCUAGGUUUGUGCCGUGCCGUCACCAUCCGACGCCUCAUCGUGCCACGCUGGGUGCGCAACGGAACCGAGACGCCCGCGGUACUGGACUGUGAGUACGUGUACAACGAGAACGACCUGAAGCUGGUAGUGAAGUGGUUCUUCAACGAUGGACCCGAGCCGGUGUACCAGUGGAUACCCGAGAUGCGCGUCCGCGAGGCGUUCGGUGUUUUACAGGGACGCCUGGACGACACGUUUUCCGUUAGUUCCCGCGACAUGUACUCGCAGUACCGCGCCAUCCGCAUCUUGAGGCCCACCUGGGAACUGAGCGGCAAGUACACCUGCGUGGUCACUUCGCUCGCUGGUCAGGACGCCCGUCAUCAGGACAUGACUGUCUUUGUGCCUGCCAGGUCUUUCUCCUUCAACUACAGCAGUACUGCGUCUGCGCUAGACGAACAGACACGGUCACGUUCCGCGGAAACAACCGUGAGGCUGCUGUGCGUCGCACGGGGCACGUACCCGAGGCCGGACCUCAGGCUUUUUCUCAUCAGGCGAGGAGCCAGGAGGGCAGCGGGUGACGUCGGCAUUCGGACCUACACGACGGCCACGAUAGAAGAUGGCCUCUUUGACGUUGCCCUUCACGCCGACAUGAACGAAGGCCAGCUGUCCACGCUGGCCGAUCUCUUUGAGUGCGUGUUGGAGAUCCCGUACAGUAACUACGUAAUGACGCGCAAGAUGAGUCUCGCACAUGAACUUACCUGGGGAGCUUAUGGUUCUUCUCCAGCUUCCUGCGGCCCAGUCCUGUCGCUUUACUGCAUUGUCCUGAGCUUAAGCAUCUAUAUUGUUACUACGUCACAUAGAAAUGGUUGCAGCGAUGGAAGGGGCAACAUAUUUGAAGGCUUCCGAAAGAAAGAAGAGGACACGUAGCGCUUCUGGACACGGAGACGGUGCGCGAUAUUGUGAAUGUUUAUGCGAACCCAAGUGCGGAUUCGUGAACAAGGUGCCACUUUCAGGAGAACCAAGUCGUCGCCAAGCAGUGUGUCACUGUGCAGGUGCCUAACUGCGUGAAAUGUCACAUGAGUGCCCUACGUAUGCCUGAGAGAUCAGUGACAUUUGCGAUGGCAACGUGUCAAUGCCUGCUGUGUGGGAGUGCUUGGCUCACCAGAUUACACCAUCGUCCAGUGUUGUUAGCGCAUCUGUUGCGCUACGCCACCAACACAAUUGGAUCCAGCUACCAGGAGAGGUUAUGCUUCGUUUGUCAGAGUUCCUGUUUGGCUUGAACGAUGAGAGCUGACUCGGCGCGUUUCAUACACUAGACAAUUUGAUCUAACCUUUACUCGUGAGCUUAAUCUGGCUUUCCAUGUCUUGGAGAGAGAACGCUGGGACACUUAUUGGAGCGCUAAUCGAACGAGGUCACAUGGAUCAAAAGCAUCUUUUAAUAACAAAAUUGUGCUUCUUGCUGUCAAAAUAAAAGAAAUCGCUGUUGAAUACAACGGUUUUAUUGACAGAUUGCUGGUGAAGUACGUUUUGUUUUGCUUUAGAGCCCCUAAAUAACUUCCAAAAAUACAAAGAGUGAGCGCGCAGUUUUUUCCCGGUGUUUCCCACAUUUCCGGUAGAAUGCGUGACGCCACCGGUCUUCAUAUGACGUCAUGGAGAAGUAAGCUCUCGAUUGGUCGAUGUACGAGGUAUAUCAGUUGCCAGUUGUCUACUACCCGGCUUUGCCUGCCUUGUCUUGUAUUAUUAAAAUAAUAAUUGUUGGUGUUUGUCGUCCCGAAACCACGAUAUGAUUAUGAGAGACGC